AAUAGGAGCAUUUAGCAGAGGAGAGAGUAGAGUAGAGGAGGGAGUGGUAGAGGUCUAGGGCAGCAGGGAGUUUGGCUUUCUUCCAUUUCUUUUCAGCAGAGCGCAGUUUGGUUCUUGCUGAGCGGAGCACAGAGAUGGGAGGGGACAGAGGGAGUCAAGGGAGGAGAAGAGGGUGGAGGUAGCAGAGUCUACAGAGAGUUGGGAGAAGGAGUCGAUAGGACAGAGGUGCAGACAGAUGUGCAGCAGGUUGCCGAGGACAAGUUUGUGUUCAACCUCCCUGACUACGAGACUGCUAACCAUGUGGUGGUGUUCAUGCUGGGGACUGUGCCUUUCCCUGGUGGGAUGGGAGGAGCUGUGUACUUCUCUUACCCUGACCCCAGCGGGCUGCCAGUGUGGCAGCUCUUAGGAUUCAUCACCAAUGAGAAACCCAGCGCCAUCUUCAAAAUUACAGGCUUGAAGUCUGGGGAAGGAGGCCAACAUCCCUUUGGAAUGAUGAGCAUUCCGCAGACUCCCUCUGUUGCACAGGUGGGCGUGUCCAUAGAACCACUGGAACAGCUGGUGCAGCAGACCCCAGUCGCCAGUGCUACUGUAUCCACGGUUGACUCCUUCACACAGUUCACACAGAAGAUGAUGGACAGCUUGUAUAAUUUUUCUUCGUCGUUUGCAGUGACGCAAGCUCAGAUGACGCCCAAUCCUUCUGAGAUGUUCAUCCCUGCUAGUGUUAUUUUGAAAUGGUAUGAAAACUUUCAGAGAAGAAUGCUCCAGAAUCCUAAUUUUUGGAAAUCAUAAAAUCUCCUUCAACAACCAUGAAGAGUCUGAAACAACCUUGUGUAUUUAAAUCCUGUUUUCCCAUAUCACUAAGCUGGAUUUCUAACACACCAACACUCAGCAUCUGAGUUCAUAGGGAUUUUUAGUUUACAAACAAGAGACAAUUAUGUCAUUCAUGCCAAAAAAGUGAUUUAUAUAUUUUUUGUUUGAUAAACAAAUAAAUUUGGAUUAAACAUUC